AUGGACAUCUUCCUGGGCAAGGUCACUCAACAGGCCAUGACCUAUGCCAUCAGGUCUGGAAUUGGGAUCACUGCUUCUUUUGCCAUCAGACAAACAUCAAGGCUGUUGAAGACUGUGGAUAACAGUGGUGAUUAUCGUGAGCUUCACGAAUUACAACAAAGGCUUGAUAGCAAAAUUAGAAUCGUAUCACCCGCUAUUGAUAUGAUAGAACUGAUUUCCGCAAGAGGUAAUACAACCCUAGAGUCGGCUGUAACACUAACCAAAGCACUUCGAUGGGAAAUCCAAUCUCUUGGUAUGAGAUUAGCAAAAGCUGCAACUGCCGAAGAAUUGUCACGCCGAAAUCAAAGUCGAGCAAAAACACGAGCUUCUCAUGAAGCCGAGAUUCGAGCUAUCGUUAGAGAUAUCAAGAAGCUUUUGACCAGGAUAGAAGAUGCAGUACCACUUAUCAAUCUAGCCAUCACUACUUCCGGAGCGAACCUCUCGACAACACUUCCAGAUACUGUAUCACCAUCGAGGUUACUUCAAGCAAGCAACCUUCUUGCCCAGGGGGAUACCAAGUACGGGAAGAAACCUAAUAUAUCUGUACAAAUUGGACCAACACUUACUCUCUCUUUGUAUAUGUUAUUCGCGGGACAUGCUUAUCGAGCUCAGGAUGAAGAAGGUAUGAGAGAGACUACUUGGAAAGAGGUCAUACAUAAAGCUAAAGUUAAGCUUUUACGUGUACCUCUCCGAUCUACAUACGGCUCAUCUGGACAGUUGCAUCAUUCUAAUGAAGCCAAGGAUUACUUAACUGGGAAAGACUCGUCUAUAAUUGCCGGCGAAGGUAAAGCAUCAGAAUACGCAUAUCAGCUUGAAAUAAUUGAAGAUUUUGAUGAUGAUCGGGUACACUCUUACGAGGAUGGAGAACCACAGCCGGGACCGUAUGGAGGUGUUAAAUUGGCAGGUAUUCGAGAACAGUUGCCAAUCCAUCAAAUAUCCAAGAUUUUCUACGCAGACACUGGAAAAAUAUUGAAUAUUGGUAACCAGGAUGAGGCGAACAGUCCUGUUUUGCUCUUAAAGCGAGAUAUCAAUGCAAUGCCACCGAGGCGAAUGAUGGAGGGGCAUGAGAUACAAAAUGAGUGGUAUGACGAGGGUGAAGGUAUGCCAUCGAAGGAAGUAUCAGAACCGGAAGAAGAAGAGCCAAAGCAAGAAGAAGAGGAUGAAGAAGAUGACGAACUUGAUAUUGAUGAACAACUUCGACGAGAAAGCAUGGCACCAGAGUCUCCAUCGGAGGAGGUUUUAAAAAUACCACAAGAAAAUACGACAUGGCGACUUCCCCAGGAUCUCGAUCCAGAAUGGCUUGCCCUAGAAGUAUAUACCGAAGCCGUCGACUCAGAAUCCGAAGAUGAGUUCGAGCCUGAACGAAAUGGACAUUCUGCAUCCAUAGCCAGCAGACGAAACACCUCAGGCGAGCACCUCUCUACCAAUGAUCUAACCACUGAUCUGUCGAACCUCAAAAUAUCGUCACCGGCCCCAGCUAGCCCAUCUUCUCAGGCCCAUCUGCCAUCACAUCCCACAUCUCCCAUGCCCGUCUCCUUCAACCCCUCCAAACCUCGCCCCAAACCGCAAAACAAAGGCCUCCAAAUCCCCAUUCAAACCCGAUCAUCCCUUUCCCUCCUCGAAAUGCUCAUCCGCCUUACCUCGCUCCAACAAUUCCAACAAUCCACUCACUUAGCCGUCCCCGAUGAGUUCCUGACAUUCUUCCUUCAUGAAUCAUCUACGACCGGCGCAGGCGGUGAUGCAUCAGAACGUAAACGAACGAGAAUGAUGGCGAGAAAGAAGGUGGGCUUUGAUCCUUAUGAUGAGAGUCCAGUGAAGAGACAUGGAGAGAAUUAUCAAUAUGGUGAAGAUGAAGGACAUGACAGAUACGAAAGGGAAGUAACGCCCUGGGAUGAGGACGUACCACCAAAUCCGCGUGGGAUACGAGAACGAAGCUCAACACCGCAGAGAUCAUUGGCAUCACCGGCUAGAUUUGGGAGUGAUGUAAGACAAAGCAGAGAAAUAUCUUCUCCGUCACCAUCAUCGCCCAUCUCACCGUACAAACCAAAAUCCCAACUAUAUUUCCAACAAAGACGGGGAUCUGGUUAUCGGGGAAGAGAUGCUGGAGUAGAUGGGAAAUUUAAUGGUGGUCCUUUAGAUAAGGUACAAAGGGAAAGAGGUGAGGGAAGAGCAAGUCCAUUAAGGAGAGGAGGAAGUUUAGAGACUGAGAAGAGUUUAGGGAUGGGUGCAGGGGGUCCGGAAUUAGUUGUUAGUAAAGAUGAAAGGGAGGAAUGA